UGUUGGCGACACAAAAAGAGCCACAGUAUCGUAUCUCAAACACAGCUCAGCCUGAGAGAGUAGAGUCUCGGCUCCAUUAAACUCUGCUGCUCAACAGAAGCUGCUGGUUCACUCUCGCUUUUCAGGCACAGCUCUCUCUCUCUCUCUCUCUCUCUCGUUCUCUCUCCUCUGCUCAGCUCAAGACCGUCACUGCUGCGCAGGCUGUUGAAAGAUCAACACUCUGUUACCAAAAUGGAGUCCCCCCUGACAGAAUUUGCCACAUUGCUGCCCAAUCGAUCCACGGAGAGCUGCCCACCUGUGGACAGUACAGUGGAGAACACGAUUUUUGGAUUGUACUACAUUAUAAUUUUCCUUCUGGCACUGAACGGCAAUAGCCUUGCCCUGUGGAUCUUCGCCCGCCAGAGAAGCAACUCUUCUCCAGCCAAUGUCUUCCUGCUUCAUCUUGCUGUGGCUGACCUGUUUUACAUCUUCGUUUUACCCCUCAGAGCCACUUAUCAUUUAACUGGGGGACAUUGGCCGUUUGGUGAAAUUCCCUGCCGUCUUGCAGGCUUCUUCUUUUACGUCAACAUGUAUGCCAGUUUGUACUUCCUAGCCUGUGUUGCAGGUGAUAGAUACCUUGCUGUGGUACAUGCUGUACGUUCCCUCAAGGUCAGGCGCCCUCGUUACGCUCACAUUGCCAGUUUUGCCCUAUGGGCUUUGGUGAUAGUGUCUAUGGCGCCCCUACUGGUCACCAAGCAGACUGCAGAAUUCAACGGCUCUACCAUAUGCUUGCAACUGUACAGAGAAAAGGCCUCACGGCAUGCUCUCGUCUCUCUCGCUGUAGCCUUCAUGCCACCUUUCAUUGCCACGCUUUCUUGCUACCUGUUGAUAGUGAACAGUCUGCGGAAAGGUUCAAGGCUGGAGCCAGCACUCAAACUCCGAGCUCUCCGCACCAUUGGUCUGGUCAUGCUCAUCUACAUAGUGUGCUUUCUGCCCUAUCAUUUAAGCCGUGCAACCUUCAUCCUAGGUUACGGACACCCAGACUUAUCCUGUCAAAUUAAACGAGGACUAGCCCUGGCUAACCGACUUACAUCCUCUCUAACCUGCCUGAAUGGGGCUUUGGAUCCCCUGGUCUACCUGUUUGCUGCGGAGAAGUUCAGGGAAAGCGUUCGCAGGCUUUUUUGCAGAGAUCAGUCAGGGGGGUCCGGCGCAACAAGCGGGGACCUGAAAGGUACACAUGAGAGUUCUCUGACCGCAAAGUCUGAGUUCUUAUGAAAAUCUUAAAAAUGGCAUGGACAUUUUUCAUUGGAUUUAGUGAUUUGGCCUAUCCACUUCUUCAGUGUACGGUCAAUUAAAGAUAGGGAACUCUAAACAGCCUUAUGUCAAAAAACCAAGUCUGUGUUUUGGGGAUGUUAAAGCAAUUGUAUGUAAAUUUAAAGAUCAGUUACAACAUCACUCUGUUACACUGACUUCUAAUAAGGCUAAUGGCUUUUGCUUUCACCCAAUUACUAAUUACUAAUUGUAAUUACUACAGCGAUAUGUUUGUGAUGAAUGAUUUUGAGGAUAAGAAUUUUCAUGUAUUAAUCGCUUUUCAUAAUCGCUCUUUGAUGUCCCCCUGGUGGCUGGCUGCAGUACAGGUCAUAAACCCCGCCCUCUCCAUGUAGACGAAUGGAACUUGGGUCAAAUUAAAAAAUAAAAAUGUACACUUCCAAUACAAAAAGAUGGUUUUAGUAAUUUAAGGUAGUUAUCGCGCUGAAACGUUCAAUUGUAAAUUUUUGUGAUAAGUUUGAUUUUAGCUAGUAAUUUGAUGCUAUAAAAAUGGGGCAUUGUUAUGGUAGAUUGGGUCUGCAGGAGUUUGGGCAGGAGUUUGAUACCGAGACUCGACGACACUACUGCGCAGACUCUGGCUCCAAAUUACAACAUUUACUCAAGAUGGCCGUACUUGGAUGCUUUGGCUCCACUUUUCUAUAAUGGAAGGAAGUAGAAACACGUCGUUCCAUCUUUUUUAACAGUCUAUGGCCGUGAGUAUGUAAGCAAGGGUUGCCAGGUUUUCAUAUCAAAAUCCAACCAAUUGCUACCCAAAACUAGCCCAAUCGCGUUCCAGAGGGGAAAUAAACCCAAGUUUUCGCAUUCCAUAUUUAGUGGUUAUCAUUCCAUAGUUAUCAGACUAUCAAUAAUAUCAUGUUAUUGGGGUCACUUCAACCAGCUCUUGUACAUUACGUAUGCACGAGUGCGAGCAUUAGCAAAUAAGUUUGCUGGCUGCAGUUCACUUAACAGCCACCGAUUCUCUCUCAUCGAUAAUAAAACAAAGGUUUCUGAAUUGUACAUAUUGCUUAUUUAAUUGCAAAUGGCUCAAAAUACACAAAACUACAUACAGUUGCUUUAAAGCUAAAGACUGUAGGCUAUAAGUGACUGUUAAAUAUCAGUCAGUUGCCAGAACACAUUGGACAGGGACUAAAUACUCCAUUAAGGCUCAAGAAGACAUAAAUUGUGCCUAAGACUGUGUCCUGCCUUUUAAAAUGUAUAUUGUGUUUUUUUUAUUAGCAUAUUACCUGUUUGCUAAUGACGUGCUUUGACUGUACAUUUUGUAAGAACUUCGUUUCCUAAUGAAAUCAGUGUAAAACUAAAGAUUUUCAUACUCUGUGUAAAAACUACGUAUAUAAUCAUGUUUAAUGGUGGGAUUUUCUGGUUAUUGCACUCUCAAGCUGUGGUAAGAAUGUGUGAAGGUUAACAAACCAUUGAGGAGUCAAUAUGAAUACUACUUUAAUUUUUUUUAAUUCCUUGAUGGCUUUUUGAUAAUAUUUGUUAUUAAGACUAUUUAGAUACAUGUGCACUUAACACUAUAUAGUCACUUAAUAUUAUUAAUUAUACCUUUUAUUGUACAAGUACAGAUUUUUUGGUGACAUAGCACUGGUUUAGUUUUCGCUUCUUGUAAUCAAGCUGUAUCAUUACUAAUAUUAUUUUAACUGGUAUACAUGUAUUUUAUUAAGUGUUUAUAUGUAUAUACAUAUAUAUAUAUAUUUUUUCUGUAUUUCUCAAGUAAAAUCCAUCAAUGAUUCAGCUGAGAAUAAAUGUUUUUAACCCUAAAA